AUGCCUCGCUGCCUCACGCCAGCGCGCGUAUCGCUGCUGUUGCUCGUGAGAAUCUACCAGCUCGGCCACACGUCCUCCAAAUCCUCCCUCAACAUCCUGGACUUCAUCGCCCGCCAUGUCACGCUCGCGCCGGACCAUGACCUGGACACCAUAAACGAGAGAAACGCGCUGUCUUCACCAGACAUUGGCUUCCUUGCGGAGAGACUGUCGAAAUGGACGUCGAAGUAUCCUGGACGGCAUAUGUAUGAUGUGUUUCUUCACACCAUCUGGGAGCUUACCGGGCUGGACUCUCUGACAUCGCUGGUCGGCUCAAUUCACAUUGCGGGCACAUACUUGGAGGAUGAAGGUGAUGGAGUUCCUACGACGAAGAUCAUUACACCGGCCUCACCGCUUGGUCAAUUCGUGCGACGAUGUCAGCUGGAAUUCACCAGGCUUCAGUUCGCCGACUCACAAGCACUGUGGGAUGCGAUCGACGCCUUCCGUGCACCAACUUACGCAGACUGGGCUAUCAAGAACCCAGACACCGCUGCGGAGCGGCAGGAGAUGCAGAGUCACAACAGCGUUCCCGUCGCGGUCGAUCGGUCGGCGAAAAUGUCCGAUGCUUUGACGAGCUUCAGCGCAGGCGCCGUGGACGUCGAUACCUUACUCAACUUCUCAGUCCACCAGCUACAGAAGAUGGGCACUCGUGUGCCGCCUGAGGUGAAGUCGAAGCUGGAGACGUGGAUCGGUGACCAGGUGGAGUCUGGGACCAAAUCGCUGCACCAUUUCAUGAACUUCUUCGAGCACUGGCGGUCUGGACAGUACACGAUGGCGCUGGAGAGCUUGCAUCGAUACUUUGAUUACUCGCUUACGGCGAAGAACCCAGGUGACAACUUGCGUGUGUACUAUCAAUAUGCUUUGCUGCAUUUGAGCGUGCUCCACGCGGACUUUGAGUGCUGGGAGGAGAGUGUGGAUGCUAUGAACGAAAGCAUAGCUACCGCUCGCGAGAACCAAGACACAUCAUGUCUGAACUAUGCGCUUUCGUGGCUGAUGUAUCUCCGCCACGCGCACCCCAACAAGAGCAGCUCCAGUUUCAAUAACAUCUCUGGAAUUGUUGGCAGUGGGAGUGGCGAGCACGAUGAGGUGGCAUUUCUCAAACAGAAAGCACGAGACGGUAAGCACUGGAUGUUGCUGAGCAGCACCCUGCUGGAAGAGGCGAAGCUGGAAAUGUGUACUGCUGGCAGCACAUACCGGUCGCAAGAGCACAUCCUUCAAGCACAGCACCUCAACAAUCAGCAUGAUCUUCGAACGCUAUCACCCGCAGCGACGAUGUUUCAUGGAGCAAGUCUGGACCGGCUUGGUCAAGCCCACCUUGCACGAUACAAUUACGAGCUCACGCAGACUAUUCAUCUCGCCUAUUGCCCACUCAACGACAGAGUGCGUGCAGUCUGCCGGCUUGCUCUAACGCAAGCGCAGUCAGGUGCAUAUAUCAAAGCUUCGGACAUGCUCAACGGACUUGCACCAUCACUCCGAGGCGUUCUGAAAUUGGACCAACGUCUGAAGGUAUUCACCAUGAUCUUGCAGCUGAAGCGGCAGCUCCAUCGCGAUAACAUCAAGGCUGCAACAUACUAUAUGGACCAGUUGCGCCCAGCACGAAGCAGUGCUGACCCCGAGUUCGCCUUCGAGCUCGAUCAGCUGGAGAUUCAAUUGCUGAUACAGCAAGGUCUGUUCGAGAAGGCGUUGAGCAAAGUCUCUACACACAUCAACACGCUCAAGUCACGCGGCACGGACAUUGCACAGCGACUCCACUUUCUCCUUCUGAAGGCCAAGAUCUUCGCAGCUGGAGGUCAAGCACCAAAGGGUUUCUCCAUCGCCCUUCGCGCUACAUCAACAGCAGAACGACUUCUCCUCGUACCAGUCCUGCUCGAGGGUCUCACAAUACUCAGCCGUAUCCUCAUCGAUCUGUCCGAGUUCGAAAUGGCACAGAACAUCAUCGAAGCAGCACUUCCGCACGCCUUGGAGUCGAACGAUAACACUCUGAACGCCAAGAUGUUCGUCGCUAUCGGCGAGGCUUGCGUCGGCUAUGCUGGCCAUCACUGUGAAGCAGGUUCGGUAGAGCAGACGAGAUACAUGCGACGGGCGCAAGACCUCAUCGAGCGAGGCAGAGUUGCGUACCAGAAAGUUGAGGAUCUGAACGGGAUGCUGGACUGCCUCCUGAUGAAGGAGAAGAUUGCCAUUUGGGAUGGAGAUGAGACCACAGCGGGCAAUGCUGAGGAAAUGUAUUUGCAGUUGCUGGCGGACAAGGGUAAGGAGGACGUAUGA